UCGUUGUGUUCUUUUAAUUAGGAUACUUUAAAUCGACCUGAUUAUUACCAAGAUGCCGCAAAAGACCAUUCAGCAAUUAAAUGCAUACAUCAAGGCAACAGCCGUCGUGUACGACCACUCCAACGCCAAAGUCAUCAGCAGGAAGACUAAAGUCAAACCAAGGAGGAAACAAGCUUUCCUGUCUGUACUGCAUUACAGGAAAACGUCUUCGGAUGAUUGCUAUGCAAAGAGGAAACCAUCGAAACAACGGAUUAAAUAUGAAAGUCAGAGUAAUACCAGAGACGAGCAACAGAAACUGCAGGUCUUUGUCCGGACUCCCCCCUCACAUAAACCCAAGACACUAUAUUUCGAACUCCAUCCAGAGACAUCCGUGUCAUCUUUCAAAGAAGUAAUCCAAAAGAGGAUCGGUGUGGAGGCACGAUAUCAACGUCUGUACAUCAGGGAAACCUUCCAUCUCUCUGACUUGCUCACACUUGAGAAUCAUGGUGUCGACAAGAAUGACAUCAUCACACUCCGUCUAUCUAAAGAUGAUGAGGAUAACGACGACGUACCAAAAGGUUAA